AUGUCGCAGACCCAGCUACGCACUCGCGCUCAUGCAGCCGUCGAGUACGAUCUACAGGCUCAAAAGCUCUCCCUUGAACCCUCACAGACAAACGACGAUGGUGACAGGGCUGGUCAUGCCGUUGAAGCCAAGUUCAUCACUCCACUGGAUCCAGUCAUUGAGACCGUAGAUGGUAACAGACUGCCAGCCGUUCCCGUCCAGGAAGCACAUAAGAUCAACUUGUUGAAGAAUCGAUCUGAGGGGCGACAAUAUCGGCCAGGACGACCGCGAGGAUUGAGUCGGUUCGACAGGCAGAGGGCUGGGCCUGGGGCAGUUGACCGGAACGAGUUGAUGAAAGAUGACCACGAGAGCGAAUCCAGCCGAUUAGAUCAAGCAAUCCCAGUCUUGCAUACCCACCCGCUAUUUCCUCCUUUGCCUCUCUACGGACCUCCGUCAUUUCUACGACACCUUCAGUGUGCAGUACUUCGAACGACAUCAGCUAUACUCUCGACGGGCUUUCUUGCCGUCAUCGUACUGGGGGCGUUAUUCACAUCGAUACCUCACUUUGUGAAAUACGUCUGGUUGUGGCUCACCUUCCGAGAUCCUGAUAAGCAGAGACCUUUCUACGAGGAAGAGAGAAGACGUUCGGCUAUACGCCAGGAGCAAGAGAAGGAAUGGGAGAGGCGCACGACGAAACAGAAAGCAGCUGCCCAAAAUGGUAUAAUAGACCCGGCUGCUUCGUCAGAAGAGCCACCGGUGCCGCUUGAGGGAGGACCUGACAAGCUAGUCUGCGACAUCAGGUACUACGCACGUCGAGUGGGUCUAGACGCCGAAGAGUUCAAAGUGCAGACAGAAGAUGGCUUCAUUCUGGCUUUAUGGCAUAUCUACAACCCUGCAGAAUACACGCCCUGCUCAAGCACAGAGCGACAACCCGACGAGCCUGCCGUUUUCAUAGGCUCUCAAGAGGGCCUCCAAUCGCACGUUCAGAAGCAGUACUCCGACGGCAACAGAAGAUACCCAGUGUUACUGGUGCAUGGGCUCCUGCAGAGCGCUGGUGCUUAUUGUGCAAAUGAUGACGACAGUUUGGCCUUUCUUCUCUGUAAGUCUGGGUACGAUGUCUGGUUGGGAAACAACCGGUGCGGUUUCAGCCCUGAGCAUAGUCUGCUAAAGUAUCACGAUCCACGGAUGUGGGCUUGGAAUAUCCGGCAGAUGGGAGUGAUGGACCUUCCUGCGUUCAUGUCUCGAGUUCUAGAAGAGACAGGUUUCGAGAAGCUCGGGUUGGUGUGUCACAGUCAAGGUACCACAGAGACAUUCGUGGCGUUGGCGAAAGAGCAGCGACCAGAUUUGGGUGACAAGAUCAGUGUCUUCUGCGCUCUUGCCCCCGCAGUAUAUGCGGGCCCCUUGAUCGGCAAGAUGUACUUCAAGUUCAUGCGGGUUAUCUCACCGUCGAUGUUCAGGGUUUUCUUCGGCAUUCACAGCUUCAUCCCACUCAUGAUGACCAUGCACAGCAUGCUACCUGGCAAGCUGUAUGGCACCCUGGGCUACCGGGUCUUCUCGUUCUUGUUUGAUUGGACCGACACGCGAUGGGAUCGAGGUCUCCGGGAUCGACUCUUUCAAUUCUCACCCGUUUACGUAAGUGCGGAGAGUAUGAGGUGGUGGCUGGGUCGAGAAUGCUUUGCGAAACAAAAGUGCAUUCUAGCCACACGGGAAGAUGGGCAAACGGAAGAGGAUGAUGAUGGAGAGGAAAGUCCCGAACGUGCCACGUCCGACGAUGACGAUCGAGGGAGGACCGCAUGGUAUGACGAACACGUCCCUCCCCUGGCCUUGUGGGUGGCUGGAAGCGACGAACUUGUCGACGGUAGGAGACUUUUGAGACGGUUUGAACGUGGACGCGAACCUUUCGUGAAAGUGGUCCACAGCAAAGUCAUUGACGAAUAUGAGCAUCUCGAUGUGCUUUGGGCAAUGGAUGCCGUGGAGCAGGUGGGCAACGAAGUUCGGCAGGUGCUUUGGAAGACAAUGCCAGAGGAAGCAAGAAGGAUAUGCAGAAAGAUAUCCGGAGUCGUGGAUGAUGAUCGAGGGGAUAGCCAGACUAGUGACCGACCAGAGUAA